CAGGCCUGCCUGAAGUGACCGGCCCAAGGCCAUAUAGUCAGUCAGCACCACCAAACCUUUCCUCCUCACCACCUGGCAUUGCUAAGUGUUCGGCAUCAGCAGACUCUCACCCUCCUUGAGUUGAUUAGAAAUUUUCACGUUUAGGAAGCAGCUGGUUCUAAGCAGUAGUCCCAGAAUAGGCUCUCACUUUAAAAACCACUCUAGAACAGCAACGGUAAGCAGAAGUGGAACUUGGAGCAGACAAAGUGGGGGAGCAUAUGGCAGAGCUUUUCAAAACCUUGGGUCCCCACCAGUGACCUGAACUGUGGGAAGCCUGUGUGGGACACCUCCCAUGGCUGAAAGGAGACCAAGAUUGUCCUAGAGCAUCCGUGGGCAAGGCAGUGAAAGCAGUGCUGGCCCUGGACAAGGACUCCUGGGUUUGACACCUUCGUUGCUCUUUUAUUAAGGGGCCAGCGGCCUCUCGAACCCGGAAGGAGCUGGUUGGUGCCCUUGGUGGGGCUGUAACUUUCCCUCUGAACCACUCGGUAAAUGAGAUUGACAGCAUUAUCUGGAUCUUCAACACAACCCCUCUUGUCACCAUACAGCCAAAUACGCCAGAUGGACAAGCCAACAUCAUAGUGACCCAAAAUCGUAAUAAGGAAAGGGUGGACUUUCUGCAAGGAAGCUACUCCAUGAUACUCAGCAAACUGAAGAAGAAAGACUCAGGAGUCUACCGUGUUGAGAUACACAGCUCAUCUCUCCAGCAUCCCUUCACCCAAGAGUAUGGGCUGCAAGUCUAUGAGUACCUAUCAAAGCCCAAAGUCACCAUGGGUCUGCAGAACAUUGAGAACGACACCUGUGUGACCAAUCUGACAUGCUCCAUGGAACAAGGAGGAGAGGAUGUGACUUACACCUGGAAGUCCCUGGGACAGGCAACCAAUGAGUCCCAUUAUGGCUCCAUCCUCCCCGUGUCCUGGAGGCUGGGGAAAAGGGACAUAACUUUCAUCUGCGAGGCCAGGAACCCCAUCAGCAGCAACUCUUCAAACCCCAUCUUUGCCCAGAAGCUCUGUGAAGGUGCCCCUAGGGACCCAACUUCGUCCAUGGUCCUGAAGCUCCUGGUGGUGCUCUUCCUUCUCAGUGCCUUUGCACUGGUGGCAAUUAUUUUGAUUAUGCGGAAAGAAAGAGGAAAAGUUUCAGAGUUCAUUGAAGAGAAGAAGAGAACAGACAAUCAACAAGAAACUCUUAACUAUAACCCCCCUUCUGGAGAGACUGCAGAGUAUGACACAGUCUCUCACCUUAAUAAAACUGUUCCAGAGGAAAAUCUAGUGAAUACAUUUUAUGCCACUGUGCAAAUACCCCCAAAGAUGGAGAAACAUGACUCUCUGCCCACGUCACCAGACACACCGAAGCUGUAUACCUAUGAGAAUGUCACCUAAACAGCACUGUACUCCCUCCUGUCUUGCCCCAGAGAAAACUGUUGAAAGAAUUUACUGAUUCGAUCAAGGAAUAAUGAAGAACACUGACUUCCUUUCAGAAUAAACUAUCCCUUAUGCUCCUUCAGAUUUAAGAGUUUCUGGUUCUACCCACUGCUGAGAAAUCUCCUCAAACCCAGAAUGUGUAACUGUCCCAUCCUGGAAAUGUGAUUGUGAAUUUAUUAGCCAACUCCAAGCAAGGGGCUUUGAAGUGUCUCUGUUGAGAUGUAAAUGCUGUGUCACACGUAUGAAUGGCCACUCCCAUCCCAGGGCUUGGAGGUCAGAAUAUACCAACGAUCUGGUUGCCAAGAGGGCAAGAACUUCAGAAAGGCAGACAUUCCCAGCAGAAGCAGGCAUAGAAGCCAGAGAUGGAUUUAUUAGCCAACUCAUCGACUGUGUUCCUGGCACUGUGCUGAGCUUACAGUGAUUGCGGUCAGACACACUCUCUGCUCUCAUGAAACUGACCCCUCACGAGCUACUUCCAUGGGCAAUUGCAGCAGACCUGACCACAGAUUCCCGACACCUAGAGGAUGAGAUGUGGACUUGGGGGCAAAGCGCACAAGGACAGAGAAGACAGGUAGAAGACUGAGUUUGGCUGGAUGGAAGUGAUACUGAACAUCUCAAUUUCAAGUUCAUGUGCCCGAUGUGCAGUAAACCAAUCACUGAGACAUUGGUGCUUGGAGACGGAGAAAGGUUUAUUCAAAUUGGCUAAAAUGAGAAGGCGGGAGCGUGGAUUCUCUCAAAUCCACCUUAACAGGAGCAGAAAGCAGGGUGUUUUAUAGAGCUAAGGGGCUUCACAGGAGGAGCUUCAGAGAAACAAGAGGUCACUCCUGGCCCCUGGGCAAUCUGACUUCUGGGUGUUAAUAGCAGUUGGGAGCCCACCAUCCAGGUGAUUGCGACCUCCCUAAAGGCAUUCUCUUUCUUCUGCAAAGCAAGCUUACAAAUCCUCAUGACCCCCGAGUCACCCCUCAAGUUAAAUAGGAAAACAGCAAAUUGACAAGAAUAACUUCUCUUAAAGGCAAUCAUGUUCUUAUUGAAUAUCCACGGUAAGUACCCUGCUUCAGAAACUCAGAAGUGUGCCUGACCCAAAGACAAGGGCCACUGCCCCAGCUUCAUUUACACUGUUGUGCUGCAAGUGAGAAGCCAAGGCCUGUACAGGAGCCCAUCCCAUUGGAGAAAUUGAGCCUGAAGACACAUUUCAAACCCAUUAUUGGAGACUUGGAGUCAGGGGGUGGUCACUUGCAAACCUUUAAAGCCCCUUAAUUCAUUCAACAAAUAUUUAUUGAGAACCUCUGCUAGGUCGGCCUGGCAAAUAAGACAGACAUGAUCCCUGCUCCCGUAGACUUCACUUUCUUUUUAAUGAAAUGAAAAACAUGAAGAGGGAGAGGGCUGCUUUUGAUGUGUUCCUGGACACACAUCUUGAGUGGAAAUGCCGGGAAGGGAUCUGAUGUCCCAGGUCUGGAAGUGUUAAGUGUCAAAUGACAAAACUAAAACAAUUUAGUAACAAA